AUGCAAAUUAUCGCGACCGACGAUGAUUUUCGGCUUGCAGUCGAGAAAGUCCCUCUACGGGCCGAAGAUACGGUUCAGGACAUCGAUAAAGAAGGGCGUUUACUUAACCAAUGGAGCUUAUGGACCUCGCUGGACUCGAAGAACGUCGGGCCCGAGUGUAAAGAAGUACUGCGGCAGCUCAUUAAAAAAUUUGUCCCUAGAAUUAGAGACGAAUGCAGCCGCGAAAGACGACACUUUAUCCCCCAACACCAGCCGAAAUUAGGUUGGCUUUCGAAGGGUUUUGUUGCUCGGGAUCAGGUGAUCGUAAUAGUGAUAACACGAAAGCCCGAAUACUCUAAACAUUUCACGAAAGAGCCCCUCCCACUCCAACCAGACCAUGCGACUACCAACCCUACAGAAAUUGAGGAAGCCCCCGCAAAUCAUCAGCAGACUGCUUCGAAACAAACCACUGAAUCGACGCCGAUAAAGCAGACACCAUCGACCACAAUUCCCUUCGAAAAGCUCGAGGAGCAGUGCUAUGGUGUCGUUAUGGAUUCGAAUCUCGAGCCCCACCCCCUUAAGAUCCCGGUUGGUGAUAUUCUCGUUAUUCACGACGGCGAGGGUGUUGUCCUGAAGACUGGCAUUUUUGGCGGGAUCUUCGUGGAAUUGAAAGGCGUGGAUGGGGAUGCCACUCCGUCCAAUUAG